CCCCUAGAUACCGAGAGCAAAGCAAAAGUCAGUUAAAAUUUCGGCGCCAUUUUGUCCAGUCGCAGAAGGUAUUUGCAGUAAAUAUUUAUCUCGCCUUCAGCGAAGUAUCGCCGCGAUCGCGACUGUCCUUAGCGGCUAUCCGUAUUCAUCAUGCCUUCUGUGCAUUCCAUAUCUUAGAUUAGAAUAAUUAGUGUAAGCGUAUUUCCGAUUUCAAUAUGAAUUUGUCAGCGCCGCCGCCCAACAUGCACCUUCCGCCGCCAAAUCUGAGCGAGCCGCCCCCGAAUCUAUCAAUGCCACCACCGGGCAUGGGUAUGGGCAUGGGCAAUCCCAUGGGUCCGCCACAUCAGCCACACAACAACUACAGAACGCUGACGAAUCACAAUGGUCCUCGGCAUCAUUUUCGGCCUUUUUUGAAUGUCCAGCGGCCACUGCCAGGGCCGCUGGGCAAUAUGACUCUGGAAGACUUUGAUGGCAAGCGGCUCAGAAAGAGCGUGAUGCGUAAAACUGUCGAUUACAAUUCGUCAAUUAUCAAAGCAUUGGAGACUAGAGUAUGGCAGCGAGAUUCCAGAGAUCGGCGGGCUUUACAACCAGAUGUUAUGUAUUAUCCUGACUUGAUGCCGCCGCCAAGUUAUCCUGAUAAUCCCAUAAACUGCGUUACGACGCGGUUUGUUAAGACGGCGACGAAUAAAAUGCGUUGUCCUAUAUUUUGUAUGGCUUGGACACCGGAAGGUCGCCGGUUGGUCACUGGUGCAAGCUCAGGAGAAUUUACGCUUUGGAAUGGUCUCACGUUUAAUUUCGAAACAAUUUUACAGGCCCAUGAUAGUCCGGUGAGGACGAUGGUGUGGUCGCAUAACGACAGCUGGAUGGUGACGGGCGAUCACGCUGGCUACGUGAAAUACUGGCAGUCAAACAUGAACAACGUGAAGAUGUUCCAGGCACACAAAGAAGCGCUGCGCGGAAUCAGCUUCAGCCCGACGGACAGUAAGUUCGUGACCUGUUCGGACGACGGCACGCUGCGCAUCUGGGACUUCUUCCGCUAUCAGGAGGAGAAAGUGCUGAGAGGACAUGGCGCGGAUGUUAAAUGCGUGCAUUGGCAUCCCCAGAAGGGUCUCAUCAUUUCCGGCAGCAAGGAUAAUCAACAACCUAUCAAAUUAUGGGAUCCCAAGAGUGGACAAUCUUUAGCUACAUUACACGCGCACAAGUCAACAGUGAUGGAUCUUAAAUGGAACGAUAAUGGUAAUUGGCUUAUCACAGCAUCACGUGAUCAUUUAUUGAAGUUAUUUGAUCUUCGUAAUCUCGGCCAGGAAGUCCAGACCUUUCGUGGGCAUAAAAAGGAAGCCUCCAGUGUUGCGUGGCAUCCACAUCACGAGGGACUAUUCUGUAGUGGGGGUUCUGAUGGUGCCAUCAUGUUCUGGCAUGUUGGCGCGGAUAAAGAAGUGGGUGCUAUCGAGCAAGCUCACGAUAGCAUCGUAUGGACUUUGGCGUGGCAUCCUCUUGGUCAUAUCCUUUGUUCAGGCUCCAAUGAUCACACGUCUAAGUUCUGGACGCGGAAUAGACCAGGUGAUCAAAUGCGUGAUAAAUAUAAUUUGAACACAUUACCGCCUGGAGUUGCUGGUUCAGAAGAUGUGGAUAUUGAUGAGCCGUCGAUGAUACCCGGAAUGGGUCCUGAAGAUAAAGUGGAACCUUUGAUUGUUACUGAGAGUGAUCACACUACUGAGAUACCCGGUUUGGAUUUGGAUGCGGUGACGAACGCGAACGAGGACCGCUCGAAGUCGAAAAAGGUGCCCUACAGUAAACCUAUUCCCAGAAACUUCCAAGCUCAGUGGAAUGAAACAGGUGCGGAGGAAGAACCCGCCACUACAGUCACUGAUAUCAUCACGCAAAUUGUAGAAAACACUCCGGGUGUUGUCCCCCUACAGAAAAUCACACCAAAUGCGAUUAUUGUCUACGGAAAAUUGAUUCCAGUUCAACCUGGUUCAAAAUUGGAGCAAGCAAUCGCCGAUGGUCCAGAGGUUUUACAACGGUUCAUAGAUUCCGGUCAGAUUGAAGAGUUACACGACGUGAUGCCGCACAACGACGAUGAUUACCUCAACGAAGCUUACUUGGAUGAAGAUGACGAGGACGACGAUAAAUCAUCCCAACGCAGCAGGAAAUCCGACCCGCCACCAGCACCCAUUUGGGAACGUCCGCCAGAUUUGGAUGAUGACAUGCGUGGCGUUUAUAAUAUAGGCGGUGAUCGCGAUAGAGACAGAGACAGAGACCACGACCGAGGACGCGAGUUGGAUUUCCGACCACCUCCACCUCGUGGUGGUCCUUUUGAUAAUAAUUAUCACAUGCGUGAUUAUGAUGAUCGACCCGACAUGGACUACGACUAUCCAGACCGUCGUGAAUUUCUCCAGCGGAAUGGUAACGGGUUCUUUAAUCAACGCAACGGCAUAGGGUUACCCCCACCACCUUUCCUUGGUAAUGGCAACUUCCAACCACCUGGCUUUCCGGGCAGGCCGCUACCCCCGCCCGAUUUUCGAGGUAUGAACAUGGGAAUGAAUAUGAUGAACAGGCCCAGAGUUAAUGGUAAUAUGCGUGGUGGUAUGGGGCCACGGGGGAAUAUGCCCCGUCCGAGGGGUCCGGCACCCCGCGGGGGUGGGAAUCGUGGCAGGCGGUUUUAAUAAUUUAAAGUAAAGUGAGACUACUACUACUACUUCGACAGAAAUGAACUGUGUUGAGUUACAAGUGAAUUAUUUUGGAAUAAAAUCAAGUUGUGCUGACAACAAACAA